AUGACUCUAAUAUUUUCAUCACCUGGUAAAUUAAUCUUAUCUGGUGAACAUGCUGUUGUUUAUGGUAAAAGUGCAUUAGUAACCAGUAUUAAUCUUAGAUUAUAUAUGCAAAUAGAAUCAAAUAAUAGUUCAACAAUAACUGUUAAUUUUGAUGAUAAAACUAAACAUGAAAUAGAAUUACAGUCAAUUCAACGAUCAUCACCCAUUCUAAAUCAAAAAGAUUUUUUUGAUACAAUGAAACAAUUCAUUUUCUCAGAACAAGAAUUGAAUGCUAUACUUUAUGUUUAUUUACGUCUUCAAUUAACUCAAGGUAUAAAUCUUAUUGUUCGUUCACAAAUUCCAAUAGGUGCUGGUCUAGGAUCAAGUGCAGCUUAUAGUACAUGUUUAAUUGCUUGUUUCUAUUGUUUAUCAAAACAUAUUUCUACAGAUAAUAUUGAAACAUUUAUUAAUUCUAAUCGUAAUGAAAUAAAUGAACUUGCUUACGAAGUUGAAUGUUUAUUUCAUGGUACACCAUCGGGUAUAGAUAAUACAAUCUCCACAUUUGGUUCAUCAAUUAUUUAUAAAAUAAAACCAACAAAAACAAUGGUGAAAAUUAAUUUGAAUCAACAAAAUUUAUUAAUUAUCGAUACAGGCAUACCAAAAUCAACGUUAAAAAUGGUUGAAAGUGUUAGAAAGUUUAUUGAAACUAAACCAGACGAAGGAGAGAUGAUAUUGAAUGAUAUUGAAACAUGUGUUAAUGAAAUGAUUCAAUUAUUAGAAGGCGAAUCUCCAUCAUCUUUAACUUUCUAUCAAAAUAUGAAUCAAUUAUUCAUGAGAAAUCAACAACUUCUAACAAAAUUAGGAGUAUCAAAUGAAAAAAUAAAUGAAAUUGUUCGAUUGUUAAGUGAUCAAAUGAGCAUAGAAGUAAAAAUUACUGGAGCUGGCGGUGGAGGCUGUCUCAUUGCAUUACUGCCGUUCAAUUGGGACGAUGACUUGAUCAAAAAAAUUGAAAAUAUUCUUCACAGUCAUAUUAAAUCUAUUCGACGAGUUCAAUGUUCGGUGCAAGGGCUAUGCUAUGAAAAAUCUAUUCAAAAUCUAUUAGCAGCAGAUAUCAUUUCAUUAUAUAAAUAG